CUGUGAUGUGCGACUAGAGACUAAAAAUGCAGCAAUAGACAAAGCAGAACUAAAAGUAACUUCCAGCUAAUGAUAAUUGUGGCUCCGAAGCUCUCUCUUUUCCGGUGUUUUUGAAAAAUGGCAGACGUUCACGUGGUUCCCAGUGGAAAAGUCUACAGACAAAUCUUUGAUGCUGAGGUUCAGCUUGUGAGGAGUCUGGAUGAAGUGAGAAAGAAGCACAUUCCCUGUCAAGUGCCUCUGGACAGUGGAAAAAUUGCCAUGGCGAGGGCCCCAGACACUGCUGGGGAAGCAGUUCAACGGCAGGGUGUGUGGACACAGGGAAUGACAAACUCCUCUUCAGGGAAGAGGGUUUGCAGGGGAGAAUUCUCAUCCAGCAAUAGGCACUAUGAAGAAAGUGAGGACCAGAUUGCAGCAGAGGAAGUUAGGGGUCUCUCUGAUGUUAUAGUUGCUGAAAAAACAGGCUCAGAUAUUAUUGAGAGACUCACAGAGAACAAGCAACAGAGACACGCAGAAGCAGUGAGUCAGUUACACCAGGAGCUUGUUGUUGUGAGUGCGGAUUUUGAGCCUCUGUUUAGAGAAGCUGGAGAAGACCUUCUUCAUAGACUAUCAGAGUCAGAUAAGGAAAUGGAAGAACUUUUGCAAAGGAUUGACAGUGAUAACGAUCUGGAAAAGUUCACAUUUCAGGGUCUACAUGAGUACUGGGGCUCUGUGAGUCAGGAAUCGCUGCAAAGACGAAAAUGGAUAGAAGAUCUUGAUGAAACGCUCAAUAAAUAUGAGUCUGAGAGAGCUGUAAUGAUUGGAGAAAUUUUGAAAAAAUACACUCAGAUGCUUGAGAAAAUUAGCUACUUGAUGCCUCCUGAUAUCCACAGGUUUAUGGAUAAGGAAUCCAUGAUGAUAAACCAGGCUUUGCUGGCAAACAGACGAGCAACGGGUAGGCUUUUUGUCAAUCUAAUGGAGCAUGAUUUACAAAGGGAGCUGUCUCACAGAUUGAGAUGGGAAGACAAACUGCAGGACUGGAAAAAAAUUAAGAUGCAAGAUGCAAUUGAUCGGUUCAAGGAGUUCAUGAGCAGCCCACACAUCCAGAGCCCUGAGGCUGUGCAAAGGACCCUGGACACAAUGCGGAAAGCCCAGGAAUCUCUGUGUGGGAGAAGAUUGAACGUCCUGCAGUCUCUCAGUUCAAUCACACCUCCUAGGUGCACUAAAUCAGUGGUUUCUGAAUGGUACUCAUCUUUGUCAACUAUUAAUGAGCAAAUAGAUACCCUGCAUAUUGAUACUAUGACCAAACUCCGCUCCUAUUAUGAACAAAUUUGGCAAGACUGUUUGGCUGAGAUUGAGAGAUUCAAGAAAGAAGUGAGUUCUUAUGCACUUUCUGAUCAUGAGGUUCACUGUAUUUGCAACAACAAACUGCUACCGCUUGUUGGACAGAGUCAGCGAAAUCAAGAAGCAUACCUGGAAGCAAUGGAUAAAUCAUUUGAAGAGCUGGCAAAGAGGGUCAGUGCUCAAAGUAAAGUUCUUUUUAAAUUUGCCCGAGGGGCUGCCCACCUCUGGGAGCUGCAUAGCACAGGCCUGCAGAGAAAGGAGCAGCUGCUGCAGGACCAACUGGAUGAGAUCCGCCAUGCACAUGACCAGGACAAUCAGGGCAAAGAAGCAAGUCUGGAUAUUAUGAUGGAUAAACUCAGGCAGGAGAGCACAGAGGAGGCCCUGAAGAACAGUUUGGAUAAGGCACUUAGCUUUCUGGAGGAAAUUAAAAAUGGGUAUUUCACUUUUUAUAAAGAACAAGUUGAUGUGGUUGAAUCAUACCCUGCCAUGGUCCUGGAAGAACUGCAGUUAUACAGCACAGCUGUUAGUAAAUUCUUCCAUGUGAAAGAGAUUUUCAAACAGCAAACUGAAGAGCAAUAUUCUGUGUGUUCUACAUCAUUAAGCCUAGAUGCAGGUGGUAAAGGUUUUGUAAGGAAGAAACGCCAUCCCACAACUGGUCAGGGAAGAAAGCGACUUAUCACUAGUACACCAAAGGGAGCCUCCCAUCCUCAAUCCGAUCACAUGGAUCUUCUUCUUACCUGCUCCUCUGUAGAGCUCCAAUCUACUGAGGACGAAUUAGAAUCGCAGAUUGAUUCCCAUGAUCCUUCUCAAAUCUGUGAGACAUUCACGACAUCCAGAGGCAAUGUCUACAAUGCCUGGAAGUCAAUCUUGAAAGUGUCAGAAGAUGGAGAACAGAGCAAGCCCCCUUCUUAUGUGGAAGUGGUGCUAUUAUCAGACAGCAUGCUUACAGAUCUAUUGAAAAGUGUGAGGCUGGCAUUCUUUGAGCACUUGGAGGAUAGGUAUCAAAUAACCCUUACUAAUGCAACUAGCAUUGUGGCAGCUAAGAAAGACGAACUUAAAUCCGAACUGGAACUGCGGUUACAUCUUCAUCAACCAAGAGCAAAGAGGAUUGAGAUGGAUAUUCACAAUGUUCGAGCUGCUGAGUUAGUGCUUCACAGAGACCGAGUUGAGCGACAUUGCAAAGGAAUUACAGAGGCCUUGAACACUUUAAAGGCAGAGUUUGUUACUCUUCGUCAAGAGCAGAAGACACUAACUGAAGAUUUCCGAAGACAGAUCUAUGGCAUGGAGAGCAUCUUUAUAAACGCAUCCAAAUCAGACAUCUUAGUUGGUCUUUGUGGCUCGCUGCAGUCCAACCUUGAUAAGCAUAUGGGUUUGAUCCAGACAUCCUUACGGCAGUACAGGCAGAAACUGGAAUCUACGCUUGGACAUCUAAGGGAAUCCAAUGCAGAGUUUAUAAAAUCCUUUAGAUUAUUUUCUGAAGGCGGGAAUUUUACUCCUGAAGAGAUUGAUUUGUUCCAGAGGCGACUUGAGAAGACUUCUGGUCGUAUUGACUCCACUGAUGAGCUGUUGUUGUUGGAUAUGGAAGGAAUGGAGUCAAAGUGUCUUGAACAGGCAACAGAGGUGGUUAAUAAGUUUGAAGACAAAUUCCAUUAUCUUACAGUAGAUCUGACCUUCAUGGAAAAAAUUCAGCGAUUGCUGACUAACACACAAGUUCUAAUAAAAACAGAGGUAACUAAGAGCAAUAGGCAGACAGAAAACUUAAGUACCUAUCUGGCCCAGUUUGAGAGCAAGAUAGAUGCGUGUGCCAGACCCAAUAUAGAUAAAGAGACUGUAACUCCUGAUGAUCUUUACUCUUUUACUCGGUUCAUAAUGGAAGAGCUCAAGAAAAGAUGUCUGUACCUGGACUGCUUGAUUGACAUCACCUCCACAGAUAUAGGUCCUGAGGCUCCCUUGCAAGGUUCCUUUGCCACAGCUGCCCGUACAGAGACCCUGAAACAGGAGAAGCUGGGGAGCCAGACUACAGACAGCCUCCUGCAGCCAAGCAGGAUGGGCAGACCUGCCAUUGAGGAUGUGGCUGUUGGUGUUAUUCAGCACAUAUUACAAACACAGAAAUCCAAAGUCAUGCCAGAUCUUCAAGGAGAGCAAGUGGAGAGAAGUCAGCCAUUAACAGCUGGGACCUACUGUGCUGGCCAGACCCAAAGUCGGCCAACCAGUGAGGUGGCUGUAGCCCUUCGAAGAUCAGUGGGGUCUGCCACUGGCCUGAGAACAGAGGCCCCACUCAGGAGAGUCUCAUCCACAUGUGUCAAAAGGUUUUCCAAGCCUACUCGGUUUGAUAAGAGAUUCCAGGUUUUUGGACCCAAGCCUGAACAGGAGCCUGUUUCCUUCAAAGAGGUUAUCAACAGUAUCCUAUGGAAAGCUAAUGAUGUUUUACUAGCUGUGGCUGAGGAGUUCUACAAAAAGAAAGAGAGACGGGCCAUCACCCGGCCCCAGUAUCUGCAAGAGACCUUUGAGCACUGUGCAGAGGUGUUGAACAGCAAGCUGCUGUCUUACCAAAACCAAGCCCAUGAUUACCACAAUGCAUGCCUGCAAGAGUUCAGAGAGCAGCUGAUGCAGUUUGAGCAGUGUCUGUCGCAUGUGCCUAGGCAACUCAUUGGCCACCUGUCAGAACAGCACUUGCAGAAACUCAGCCAAGCUACAUCCCAGAUAUACCACCAUUUCGCACUAAAACAGCAGGAGAGUGAACAUCAACAGAAUGACCAUUGGAAUAAACUGCGACCCACUCUAGGCCAUCCAAACAGUGUGAAUGAGCUUGAGAGCUUGUGUAACCUGGAGGAAGUGAGACUUAAAGAACUGAUAAAUACAAUUGAUACCACCAAAUUACAACUGCAGGAGUGUUUGAAAAAACACGCUGAAGAAUUUGUUACAGCACUUGCUUCGCUAACAGAAAACCUUCUUCUCCUGCUGGAUGACUUUGUGACUAUAGAUGAUAUUCAGAUUGGACAAAUUGCAGUUGUGAAGGAAAAGACUUGUACUCUUAUACGCCGAAAACAAGCAGGUCUCCCUCUGGAGGACAAACAAUAUAAACCUUUAAUACAGCGCGGCAGCAGAACUUGGCCAGGAAUUCCUUACUUUGAACCCAAAGCCAAAAUAAAUGCUGAAAAAUCCUGCAGAGAAACAGCCUCAGUUAAAACUGGAAAAACAACUCUGGGCCACUUGUCAGCAGUAGAAGCAAGAGAUUCAGUCUAUCAGAAGCAUCAAACGGAGUAUGAUAAGGAGAUAACGAGAACUGAAGAAGAGUGGGAAGCCCAGAGGAAAAGUGCCAGACAAUGGGAGGAAAGCUGGAAAGAAUCAGUGUUGAAAAUCAAACAGCUAUAUGUGUGAUGGCACAAUAAAUUAGAAAAUGAACAAUA